CCUAAGCAUCCCACUGGUCUCAGAAACUCAACAAUCACCAAUCUAAAAGAUCAGGAAACGAGGCUGCAACCAGUCGGAUCGUUUUACCCCCAAUAAAUUAGACCUGUCUCCGAGCCGACUGUUUGCCGAAUUAAAUCGCGUAACCGUUUGUCAACUUCGCUAUCGCGGCGUGGGAUUAAAAAAUGAAAAAAGAAAAAAAAGUAAAAAUGGUCGCCUGCAGCGACGAAAUCGAUAAACAGAAACCGAAAACGCGUUCGUGCGAAGGUGGAAGAGCGCGAAUCGAUAGACCGAGUCAUCCUUGAGUCAUUCCUGCAACACAUUUCGAAUCGAACAAAAAGUACACGGUGUUGUUCUGGCCAACGCAGUACCCGCUGAUGCGUUUUCCCGUCGAGGAUCUAGCGUUCGCCGUUCGCCAUUCACCAGGAAGCCUACGAACAUGGCGCGUUACGCUGAGGACGUGUACUACGACUUCGCCAUCAAGCUGACUCGAGACGCCGCACAAAUUCUCAAGGCAGCCAUCAACGGACUGAAGAAAGUCGACGAAAAACAAGGCGCCUGGGAUCUGGUGACCGAGUACGAUCGCAAGAUAGAGGACGUUAUCAUUGGCACCCUCAAAACCAAGUUCCCGAAUCAUAGAUUCAUAGGCGAGGAGUCGACUGGAAAAGAGCUUCCAGAGUUGACCGACGAUCCUACGUGGAUCAUAGAUCCUAUCGACGGUACCACCAACUUCAUUCACGGAUUCCCUCACACAUGCGUCGUGAUUGGUCUAGCGAUUAACAAGGAAAUGGUGAUUGGUAUCGUUUAUAAUCCUAUUCUCGAGCAACUGUUCACCGCGAGGAAAGGACGUGGUGCAUUCUUGAAUGACAAACCCAUAAGAGUUUCUCAAGUUCAAGACCUGUCGAAAGCUUUAGUUUGCAUAGAAAGUGGUUUCAUAAAGGUGGACGACUUGAAGGAGAAGACUAUCGAGAGAUUACAAGCAAUCGUAUUGGAAGCUCAAGGGAUUCGAACUCUUGGAGUGGCAGCAUUAACUUUAUGCUACGUCGCAGUGGGAAUCGUGGAGGCCUAUUAUAUCGAAGGGCCAGGAAUCUCAACGUGGGAUAUCGCCGCGGCGUCAUUAAUCAUUUCAGAAGCCGGGGGUGUAGUCGUCGACCGUGUAACAGGGGAGAAGAUCGACAUCAUGAAGCCGCGUGCUGUUGGGGCGUGUAACGAAAAAAUCGCGCGAGAAAUCGUCAGAAUUAUUCGCGAGGCUGACCAACGAGUGGAGAAGAGAAACAAAUAAUUUCAAUAUUGUAGUUACGAUCAAAUGAAACAAAACUUUUAGUUCCUACCGAUAGCAUUGAUUCUAAAUGUUACCCACACAUGGGUGGAAGAGAAACUAGCGUCGCGUCGUUUAGAAGAAAAUUCUACCAAUAAAAAUUUUAAUAGAAAUA